UCUUGAGUUAGGGUUUGGCCACAGGCGCGCUCCGGGAGGGCCUGGCUCGAGGGAUCGAUCGAAGUCGACAUCUACUCGCAGUGGGUGCAAUUUUGGGAUAGUGUGGAGCUAUGGGUGGGACGUUGGCGUUGCGAUCCUGCUUAGCGGUGGUGGGCUUGGUGCUUCUGUGGGGAUGCGGUGCACAAGCUGUUCAGUUCGAGGUUAGCGCUCGAACUACCAAAUGCAUCGCGGAGGAGAUUCAGAACAACGUGGUUGUGAUCGCGGAUUAUAAGAUCGUGCAUAGCGAUGAGUCGCAUACGAUCACUGUGAAGGUAACCUCACCGUAUGGAAAUCAAUUGCACUACCAGGAGAAUGUCAAGUCGGGCCAGUUCGCAUUUACAACUUCGGAGACGGGCAAUUUUAUGGCCUGCUUUUGGAUGCUGAAUGCACCUGCCACAGCGGUUGCCAAUGUUGCUCUUGAUUGGAAGACAGGAGUCCAUGCCAAAGAUUGGGCGUCUAUUGCGAAGAAGGACAAGCUUGAUGGAAUGGAGCUUGAGUUGAGAAAGCUGGAAGAAGCUGUAAAUUCAAUACACAGUGAGAUGCUGUAUUUGAGAGAGAGGGAAGCAGAGAUGCGGAACUUGAACGAAUUGACGAACUCAAGAGUAGCAUGGUUUGGGAUCAUGUCCCUCCUUGUGUGCCUAGGAGUAGCAGGAUGGCAGUUGUGGCAUUUGAAGUCAUUUUUUGAGAGGAAAAAGCUUUUGUAGGUUUCGUGACUUGCGGAUAAGUUUCUCUGCCUUCAGUUCUCUGUUCAAAAGUAAAGUUCAAUUGUCAUGAGGGGAAAAGGUGUACGUCUGCAAGAUGGACGUGGCUGGACACAUCCUUAGCUGUUCCUGUCGACACCUUUGAUGGUUUUUGCGCGCCAAAAGAAAUUCCUCACGGCAACUUGUACACAUAUUUUGGAGAUAGAGUUGAGAAGAGAAGAAACGCUCUUCUCUGCUUCAAGGUUUUGAUUGGGAUGGUAUUAUCUCAAUUAAAAAGCUCUCCAGGUUCACACUAUCUGGUCUUCUCGUAACUUGGGGGUUCUGCAUUUAGCAACCUGACAAUUGCUAAUUCUAUGGGUUUUUCUUUGCCCAGCUAUGCCUCAAAUCAAAUUUGUAGGGGAACCUAGAUUACUUUUUCAAACGCAGAUUUGGGUGGAAACUUGGAGAAUGUUUCCCAAGUGUGCCAUAUGACAAUAAUGUUCGGUAAAUUGGAAAACGAGUUAAUGCUGCAUUGUCUCGUGACAUAAAAAUUUCUAAGUUCCAAC